AUGACCAGCCUAAAACAAAAACUCGCCUACUUGGCGGCAACUGCCAUUCCAAUCUAUCUCUGGGCGAAAUUAAUACAGAAUUAUCUCAAAUAUAAGCAGCAAAUCAUUGAAAAGAAGAAAACACACAAUAAACACAAUUGUGUGGUUACAUAUUCGAAAGAUUCCGGCAUGUUUGGAUGGCCUGAGUACCCGGAAAGAUUACCACUGAAUCUCAGCAGUUAUGAUAAGUUUCUUGAACCUGUUCUGUACUUUAUUGACACUGCAAAAUACAAAUUGGAUGUGUCUGUGAUGAUUUUAAAUUGCCAAAACAUUAUUGAUGCACUUGUACAAGCAGCAGAGAGGAAUGUCAAGAUUAGAUUAAUACUAGAUGCUAGAUAUAAUGAUGUAAAGCAGAAGAUGAGACUGCUUGUCAAAAAAGGUGUAAAAAUAAUGUAUGAUCAAAAGUUUUUGCAUACUGAUUCAAUGAUGCAUAAUAAGUAUGCUAUUAAGGAUUUUAAUCAUCCUAAUUGUUCAAGAGAUUCCGGUUUUUCAUUGUGUGGAUCUAUGAACUGGACUCAAUCAGCAUUCAGUGAGAAUUAUGAAUUUUUGGUCUUGUCAAGCAAUAGACAAGUGGUGGAAGCAUUCAAUAAGAACUUUGAAGAGUCUUGGGAGUUUCUACAUAAAGUAAAGGAGACUAAUAUGCUUACUGAAACAAUGUAUCAACUGUAAAUUGAAGAACUAAAAAUUUGAAUUU